AUGCUGCAGGAGUACACGGGUGAAAGGUGCGUCUCCUACCGCGUCAACCCGCAGCGAGGGGGCUGUGUGGAGACUGUUGCGGAGGUCGAUGCGCAGGACUUCUUCACAGAGCCUGGCGGUUUGGUCACCUCUCCGACGACGCCGAGCACGCCAGCGGGGUCGACAUCAGCGCGGCAAGCGCGGCGCCGCGUGGUGACUACCCUCGAGCGCAUCUUACUACCCGACGGUUACCCGAGUAGCGUCACGGAGGACCUGCUGCCGUUCGCCCUCUGGGACCUCGCUCAGGUGUUGGCGAAGAACGUGACGGCGACGCUGAGCACGCGAGCGGUGCUCCUUGGCGUUGGCGUGGGCGAGUCGAAGGCCGAUCUCACCAGCGCCACGCUUUCCUGGAUGAUGCAAGACGGCACGCGGAUGAUCGGCAGCGUCGUGUUCGCCCCCCUCAUCCCGCAAGGUCUCGAGUGCCGGGCAAAAACGUGGCAGCUGGUGGCCGACUUCACCACUGACAUUGCCAACCUGCUCGAGCUGUGUGCUCCAUGGCUGCCUGGCGGUCAGACUACUUUCCGUGUGGUGCUGGUUGCCGCCUCCGUCGUCAAGGCGCUCGGCAGCGUGUGCCGCAACUGCACGCGCGCGUCCUUCACUCGGCACUUCGCGCUCCGCAACAACGCCGCAGACAUCGCUGCCAAAGCCUCCACGCGCAGCAGCGUCGGCAGUUUCAUCGGCCUUGUCUUGGGCGUAGCCGUCGCCUACAUCGUCCCUGCCACGUCGAGGAGUCUCAAUUUGGUUGUCUUCGCGCUCGGCAGCGUUUUGCACAUCUUUGCCAGCUACCGCAGCGUGCGUGGGGUGCAGCUGAAGCACCUGAACGCCCCUCGCCUCGAGUGGUGCCUGGUGCAGUACUCCCUCUUUGAAGCGAAGGUGCUCAUCGCGUCCAAGAAGGACUCAGGACCGCUGUCGGUGAUGCCGAUCCUCGACGUGUCCCCGCGUAGCGCCAACGCCGCGGAGCGCCUGCUCAUCCUGCCAUCGCUCCGCGCCGUGCCGCCACCGAGCGACAGUUUCUACGACAGCGUCCGCGGCUUUCUCUGCCGGUACUGUUUUCCUCCCACGCUCACGCUGCGCAUCCACUGCGGAGCGUCACUCUUUCGUCUGCUGCAGCAUCAGAGGGGCCUGACAACACGAUGCAAGCACGAACUGGUGCAGCAGGUCGAGUCGGCCCUGGCGUCCCGCGGCAUUGCCCUGCUUGUCGACGAUGUGGACAUGACGUACUACGUGAUCUUACCCGAGUACUUCACCGUGGAGGGGGUGCCGGCGAUGUGGGUGCGGUACAAGCGGCAGUACGGGGAUGACCUGACGUGCAUGGAGGCAAAACAGCGCCAGUCGGCAGCGGCACGUGCAGCGCAGCGGAGACAGGACGGUGCGGCGUCACUAUCACCUUCUGGGGCAGCAGUCGCUGCUCCUGAUGCGGGGCACGGCUUGGAUGAGGCGGGCAGGCGAGCCGCUCAGGCGGAGGCAGAGCUUGAGCGACUGCAGAAGGAGCGCGUCGUCGUUCCGCCGCACAUAUUACCGCUCGCCUACCGGCAGCUGUGGGCGUACUUUUACGCCUUCAUGCACUACCGAGCCGUGCGCUUGCGCCGUGAGGGGCCGCUGACGCACGCCAAAGACGUCCUCGAAGGCUUGCAUAAGAAUCGGUCGCUUGAGUGCCAGCGACUUCACAUCAUCACCGCCUUGCGCGCCGACGGAACGCUGGAGGCGGGCCACAGUGACGCCAGCGACGUACCGCACUCACCGGCGCAGUUCGAGGAAAUUACGUCGCCGGCGUCAACCACGUCUGAUGUGCCCCUCGAGAGGCGCGUCGUUCCGGCCCUGGCAACCCGUGCGGGCGGCGACGACGGUGACGACGGUGACAACACCGCCGCCCCAUCGUACGACGGGCUGCACCCGCAGUUCAUCGAGUUCGUGCGUGCGCUGCGAAUGACUGGCUGGGAGCUUGACGAGCUGCUAGUCGGCAAUGAGGGCUACACCACGGUUGUGCAUUAUCUGUAG